UUAAUUACCAUAUCUUAUCUUAUCACAACAGUUCCAUUGUAAUUAAGUACUAAGUAUAAACUCUCUCCCAAUAGAUGAAUAUUCUUUUUUCUUGUUGCCGCCACCACUCUUCUAAUGUCUAGGUCUGAGAGCACAAACGCGAGAACUAGAACAGCGUCAUGGUUUUCUACCCCAUUCUUUGUUAUCGUUCUCCCGGUGGCCGUGGCUGCGCUUCUCUACCGGCUCGAACCAUUCAAGCCGGUUCUUUUGCCGGUCCAGCUGGGCCGGUCCACCGUGGCGGUUCCGGCUCGUAACGGCCACAUGCAAGAUGGAUCGGAACGUGUGGGUGAGGGACACUUGGAGGGCCCGGAAGACUUGGCCUACGACGCUGCGGCACGUGUCGUUUAUACCGGGUGUGAGGAUGGGUGGAUCAAGCGAGUCACGGUGAAUGACUCGGUGGUUGACUCGGCGGUUGAAGAUUGGGUCAACACAGGAGGAAGGCCACUUGGACUAGUUUUGAAGCCGAAUGGAGAACUCAUAGUUGCUGAUGCGGAAAAGGGACUGCUGAGAGUGUCAAGUGAGAAGGAGAUUGAGUUGCUGGUAGAUGAGUUUGAGGGGUUAAAAUUCAAACUCACAGAUGGUGUUGAUAUAGCAGAUGAUGGUACAAUUUAUUUCACAGAUGCAUCACACAAAUACCCCGUGAAGGAUGCUGUGUUUGACGUCUUAGAAGGGAAGCCAAAUGGAAGAUUCUUCAGCUAUAAUCCAGCAACAAAGAAGACAACCCUGCUUGCCCAAGACCUCUACUUUGCCAAUGGGGUUGCAGUUUCAGCAGAUCAACAAUUUGUGGUCUUCUGUGAAUCUGUCUUGAUGAGAUGCAAUAAAUAUUUCGUCCUGGGCCCUAAAACAGGAACCAUAGAGAAGUUCUGUGACCUGCCUGGCAUGCCUGAUAACAUUCAUUAUGAUGGACAAGGGCACUAUUUGAUUGCAAUGUUCACGGCCCUUUCUCCCGAAUUGGAAUUGGCAUAUAGAUACCCUUUCAUUAGGAAGGCUUUUGCAAUUUUUACAAAGUAUGUAGGGAGUCUAUCUAUCUCGAAGAAUGGAGGAGUUCUAGUCGUGGAUUUAGAAGGAAAACCAACUGCACAUUAUUAUGAUCCCAAAUUAGCAUUGACUAGUGCGAUUAAAAUUGGGAAUCAUAUAUAUGCUGGUUCCAUUUUCUACCCCUUUGUAACACGUUUUGAUGUUGAGAAAUAUCCUGCUCUCCCCACAGUUUGAGCAACAGUGAACAUCUUGUAAGGUUAAUGAUGUACAAGAAAAUGUUUAGUUUCUGGAGUGUCAUGAUGUGAAAAUUCCAUUCAUGAAUCUGUUAUAUAUAUUUUUAUAUAAUAAAAAUGGAAUUUCUUUUACAA